AUGCAGUCACAUAGCAAAAAACGCGUUUGCUAUUACUACGACAGCGAUAUCGGCAACUAUUAUUAUGGCCAGGGCCAUCCUAUGAAGCCGCACCGCAUACGCAUGACGCACAAUCUGCUGCUUAACUACGGCCUAUACCGGAAGAUGGAAAUUUAUCGGCCACACAAAGCCACCGCCGACGAAAUGACAAAGUUCCACUCGGACGACUAUAUCCGAUUUUUGCGAUCGAUCCGUCCGGACAACAUGUCUGAGUACAACAAGCACAUGCAGCGAUUCAAUGUCGGCGAAGAUUGUCCCGUAUUCGACGGACUGUACGAAUUUUGCCAACUUUCGGCCGGCGGAUCGGUAGCGGCCGCGGUCAAACUCAACAAACAAGCGUCGGAAAUUUGCAUCAACUGGGGUGGUGGGUUGCAUCACGCAAAGAAAUCAGAAGCUUCCGGCUUUUGCUACGUGAAUGACAUUGUGCUUGGCAUCCUGGAGUUGCUCAAGUACCAUCAGCGAGUUCUGUACAUCGACAUUGACGUGCACCACGGGGACGGAGUAGAGGAAGCGUUCUACACGACCGAUCGCGUUAUGACGGUUAGCUUCCACAAGUACGGCGAAUACUUCCCGGGUACAGGUGAUUUGCGUGACAUCGGUGCCGGCAGGGGAAAGUACUACGCCGUGAACAUCCCGCUGCGUGACGGUAUGGAUGAUGAAUCGUACGAUUCGAUUUUCGUUCCGAUCAUCUCGAAGGUGAUGGAAACGUUCCAACCCUCUGCCGUGGUGCUGCAGUGUGGCGCUGACUCGCUGACAGGAGAUCGCUUGGGAUGCUUCAAUCUAACCGUCAAGGGUCACGGAAAAUGCGUGGAAUUUGUCAAGAAGUACAAUUUGCCGUUCCUGAUGGUGGGCGGUGGCGGAUACACGAUCCGCAACGUGUCCCGUUGCUGGACAUACGAAACCUCCGUUGCCCUGGGGGUGGAGAUUGCGAAUGAGCUACCAUACAACGAUUACUUCGAGUAUUUCGGACCGGACUUCAAGCUGCACAUUAGCCCAAGCAACAUGUCCAAUCAGAACACGACUGAGUACCUCGAGAAGAUCAAGAACCGCCUAUUCGAGAACUUACGCAUGUUGCCACAUGCGCCGGGCGUCCAGGUGCAGCCGAUUCCGGAGGAUGCAGUAAACGACGAGUCGGACGACGAAGACAAGGUGGACAAGGACGAGCGACUACCGCAGCAGGACAAGGAUAAGCGGAUAGCUCCUGAUAAUGAAUUCUCCGACUCGGAGGAUGAAGGAGAGGGCGGUCGUCGGGAUAACCGUUCGUUCAAGGGUCAAUCAGGCCAGCAGCAGUCUCGUAAGCGGCCGCGUAUUGAGAAGGACGGAAAGGCGGAAGACGCUAAGGACGAAAAGGAAGCAAAAAUGGAUACCAGUGGCGAUAAGGAGGAAACCAAAGCUGCUGAGGAACCUGCAAAGAAGGAAACGACGGGUGUUGCAUGAUCCACGCUUUCAUCGUUUCGAAAGCAACCUCAAUCGUAACUAAGCUUCAUCUCCAUUGCGAAAUGAGCGGUUCAUGUUAGGGCAAAAGUCAAAUUUUCGUUCCAUUCUUUAGAGUACAAGGGGCAGUUGGUGUUUGUUUGAGUGUUUUGUAAACGGAAAGCAACCCAAUGGAUUGCGAUUUUACUUAUCAGCAAAACUUUUUAUUUGCUUUUAUGCUUCCAAGCUGACCUACGACUGAUCUAGGUAACAGAGGAAGCCUGGCGGAAGGGACUAUAGAGAAUGAAGUAUAACAGUGCCGAAUUCUACUGAUCUCAGGAAGGAUGAUAUAAAUACAAACACACCUACACACGCCCCGGGAAUCUUUCACAGACAAGCGGGAAUACUUUGCAAAUUCAACUACUUAGAUUCAACUAAAAUAGGACCUAUAAGAAUCAAAAGACCGGCAUUAGGUGUAAUAAAAAGGGGAAAUUAGGGCAACAGACAGAAAGAAGUUCGUGUAUAAGCUGCAAAUGAUCACUAGAAUUAUGCGUCUUAUUAACCUUUGACAAUUUCCACACAAUUUGUUUUACGCAUACUUUCUCGGUUCAUUCAUUAUCCAAGUCAAGCUGACCACAUGCCUUUCAAGACUGUAUAAUGUGGUAUCACUAGGUAUGGUAGCACGAAAAGCGGCAGAAGAAAGUUUUAUUAUUUUUUAACCAGUCGGUCUAAAGAAAUGCAUUUUGAGGUCUUGUAGGGCAGAGAAACGUAGUAGGCCGUUCAAGAUGUCCUCCAGGACUACGCGAGGCAAUCAUUCUACACGAUGGAAUGAGAGCGAUGUACGGACCGAUAAUUGAAAAUAGAUUGUAAAAUAGGCGAACAAAAUUGCACGUAUCAUAUGGUGAAAUGACCGCGGUCGCGCCAACCCAUGGAAUUAAGAAACACUAGGGGAUAAAACAAACUAGCCUAGGGUAAAGCUAACCAUAUAUCAAUUCGUCGAGCGCGCGCACGCCCAUGUGCGAACUUGAAACUACAAACCAUACGAGAUCAGAGCUCUUAGUUGUUGGGUGCAAAUUACUAAGUAUUACCAAGUAAAUAC